UGACACACUUUUUGCAUAUAUUUUGCUUAUUUAGAGUUGAGGUUAUAUUUUUUAUUAAUUAAAUAGUUUUAAGAAGGUUUUAAAUUAAUUAAGAACAAAAUUCCACUAUAAUGCCUAUACCGUGUAGAACAGGCUGUGGUAAAAAUGCGAUGCUUAAGCGUCCUAAAACCGGUGAUGCGCUGUGCAAAGAGUGCUUUUUCUGGGCAUUCGAAACUGAAAUCCAUUAUACUAUAACAAAAGCUGAAUUAUUCAAUCGUGGAGACUCCGUAGCUGUUGCUGCUUCUGGGGGGAAGGAUUCUACAGUCCUUGCGCACGUCUUGAAGACCCUCAAUGAACGCUACGACUAUGGUUUGAAUUUAAUGUUACUGUCAAUAGAUGAAGGUAUCACUGGAUACAGAGACGACAGCUUAGAAACUGUGAAAAGAAACCGCGAUGAUUACGAGAUGUCAUUAAAAAUCUUAUCAUAUAAGGAUCUCUAUGGUUGGACUAUGGAUGAAAUUGUAGCACAGAUUGGUAGGAAGAACAAUUGUACCUUUUGUGGAGUGUUUAGACGACAAGCAUUGGACAGAGGUGCAGCAUUAUUGGGGGUGAAGUGUAUAGCAACAGGACAUAAUGCUGAUGAUAUAGCAGAGACAGUGCUAAUGAAUGUGUUGAGAGGUGAUAUUGCUAGGUUAAAAAGGUGUACAGCUAUAAGUACUGGUAGUGAGGGAACAAUACCGAGAGUGAAGCCACUGAAAUACACAUAUGAAAAGGAGAUAGUAAUGUAUGCACAUUAUAAGAAACUGGUGUAUUUCUCAACAGAAUGUGUAUUUGCACCUAAUGCAUACAGGGGACAUGCGAGAGCACUUCUUAAAGACAUGGAAAAGAUACGACCCACUUGUAUCAUGGAUAUAAUAUAUUCAGGUGAAACAAUGGCUGUUAAAGAAGAAGUAAAUCUACCAACACAAGGAAUUUGCACAAGAUGUAAAUUUGUAUCAUCACAAGAAGUUUGUAAGGCCUGUGUUCUACUCGAAGGUUUAAACAAAGGUCUACCAAAGCUUGGUAUUGGUAAAAGUUCUAAAGCAAAGAGAAUGCUUGAUGAAUAUAAUGCAAAACAAGAACAAAACCUACUAAAUGAUGCAGUAAAGGAAUUAAAUGAGACAGAAAAUAAUUGUCAAUCAACAAAAUGUAGAUCUGGAUUGUGUAAUAAAAGAAAUGGUUUAGUUAAUAAUGAAAAUAAAGAAACUAAAGGUUGUAACAAAUGUUCCGGGAAUUGUGAAAGGACAAAAGUGAGUGUUGAGAAUACUAAAGUUAGUAAUUUAUUGGAAAAAUAUGCUAUAAAUGAAGGGAAAACCAAUACAGAUGAUAUUAACAAUGUCAAAGUAGAUGACAACAUUGAUAUUUCCGAUGAAGAAGUCAAUGUAGAAGAAGAUGACACAUGUUCAGCAUCUUGUGGUAAAACGGGAUCAUUACAAAUCGGAUUUUAAUUAAUGAAUUUAAUUAAUAUAUUACAAAAUAAGAUGUACAUUGUGUAAAUAAUAA